AUGGAUUCAUUACCUAUACAGCAUGUUUCGUUAACGGUGCUGGACAGCGCGGUGCAUAAAAGUACCGACCCAGAUACCAAAGUAAGCCAUGUCGAGGACGCCAAACCGGUGACAAUUGAACACCAUGAACAUUUACCAAGGGGUCUGAGUCAAACGGGGGAAGAGAAGGAGAAGAAGUGGUUUGUUGGUAGUAUAGACCAGGGAACAACAUCGUCGAGAUUCUUAGUUUUUGAUGGCGAGGGAACUCCCGUCGCUAGCCACCAGAUAGAGUUCGAAAAUAUCUAUCCAGAGUCCGGCUGGCAUGAACACGAUCCUAUGGAACUUCUUUCGUCUGUCCAAGAGUGUAUUGAGAAAGCAACCGAGAGUUUCAUUGAAAAGGGCCACUCGAAAGACCAAAUCAAGGCUAUUGGAAUCACGAAUCAGAGAGAAACCACCGUUUGUUGGGAUACGAACACCGGAGAGCCGCUGUACAACGCUGUGGUUUGGCCAGAUACCCGCACAACCUCCAUUGUGAAAGAACUCAAAGCGAAAGCCGGCGCAGAUGAGCUUUUGGAAAUCUGUGGACUACCUCUGUCAACAUACCCAUCUAGUGUGAAGCUUCUAUGGCUGUUAAGAAAUGUGGAUGCUAUUAAGCAAGCCUACGAUGAGGAGAGACUGUCGUUCGGUACUGUUGACAGCUGGCUGAUAUACAAGCUGAACGGCGGCAAGGAUGCCAACAUCCACAUCACAGACAGCACAAACGCUUCUAGGACUAUGUUUAUGAACCUUCAUACAAUGAAAUACGACGAGAAACUUCUUGGAUUCUUCGAUCUAGACCAGAGCAAGAUCAAACUCCCAAAGAUUGUGCCUUCGUCCGACCCUGAAGCAUACGGCAAGCUUACGUCUGGUAUCUUAUCAGGUACCAAAAUCACUGGCUGUCUUGGUGAUCAAUCGGCAGCCUUGGUAGGCCAAUGUGGGUUCAAUCCUGGGGAAGCCAAGAAUACCUACGGUACUGGAUGCUUUCUUUUGUAUAAUGUUGGCGAAAAGCCUGUCAUCUCUAAGCAUGGACUUUUGGCUACCGUCGCAUAUGACUUUGGCGCUGGUCGCAAACCAAUUUAUGCUUUGGAAGGUAGUAUUGCAGUAGCCGGGUCUGGAGUCAAGUUCUUGAUGAACAACUUGGGUUUCAUUAAACACUCGAGCAAAAUUACCGAGCUUGCCGAAACUGUGAAGGAUAAUGGUGGGGUCGUUUUUGUCACUGCUUUCAGUGGUCUUUUUGCGCCAUACUGGAUUGACGACGCGAAGGGAACCUUGUUUGGUAUCACAGCACACACUCAGAGAGGUCACAUCGCUCGCGCAACGUUGGAAGCGACUUGCUACCAAACAAAAGCAAUUCUGGAUGCUAUGGAGAAAGACUCAAACCACAAGCUUGAAGGUCUCGCUGUCGACGGUGGUAUGUCCAACUCGGACCUAACAAUGCAAACACAAGCCGACAUCAUCGGCAUCCCAGUUGACCGACCACUAAUGCGAGAAACCACUGCACUCGGAGCUGCCAUUGCAGCUGGCUUCGCCGCGGGUAUCUGGCAAGAUUUCAGCGAAUUGAAAGAGAUCAACAAAGAAGAUCGCAAGAUCUUCAAACCACAAGUCGAUGCGAAGAAGAGCGAUCAGAUGUUUAAGAAGUGGGAACAGGCUGUGCAGAUGUGUAGAGGAUGGGUGUUGGAUAAUUCGGAAGAGUAA